UGAACCGCUGCUGUCAUUAAAGCGACGAGCGAGACUCGCGUGAGCACAAGACCUGGUGCAGACGGAGAGGUGUAACGCUUUAACAUGUUAACGCUGACUUUAAGACAACUUAUAAGGCCACUGUGCCAGCGUGUGCCCGCUGUGGCUGGCAUUGGCGUGAGGUGCCAGCAUUCUGCGGCGGCACCGUUUGCGGAUGACUAUCGGCCAUGGACGGGUCAGGACAGCCUGGCGCAGGACGACCCAGAGAUGUGGGAUCUUCUACAGAAGGAGAAAGACCGACAGUGUCGCGGACUGGAACUCAUCGCCUCUGAGAAUUUCUGCAGUCGAGCAGCUCUUGAAGCUCAGGGCUCCUGCCUCAACAACAAGUACUCUGAGGGUUACCCAGGAAAAAGGUAUUACGGUGGCGCUGAAGUGGUCGAUCAGAUCGAGUUGUUGUGUCAGAAACGAGCGCUGGAGGCGUUUGAUCUGGAUCCGGCACUGUGGGGUGUGAACGUGCAGCCGUACUCCGGAUCUCCCGCAAACUUCGCCACAUACACCGCCGUACUGAACCCUCACGACCGCAUCAUGGGUCUGGACCUGCCUGACGGCGGACAUCUCACUCAUGGCUACAUGUCGGAUGUCAGACGAAUCUCGGCCACGUCCAUUUACUUCGAGUCGAUGCCGUACAAACUCAACCCCAAAUCAGGUCUGAUCGAUUAUGAUCAGAUGGAACUCACGGCGAGACUCUUCAGGCCCAAACUGAUCAUCGCGGGCACCAGCGCUUAUGCCCGACUCAUCGACUACGCCCGUAUUAAGAAGUUGUGUGGCGAAGUGAACGCAUACAUGCUGGCUGAUAUGGCUCACAUCAGCGGUCUGGUGGCCGGUAAAGCCGCUCCGCCGUUUCAACACGCCGACCUCGUCACAACAACCACGCACAAAUCAUUGCGAGGAGCCAGGGCGGGGCUUAUCUUCUACCGUAAGGGCGUGCGAUCAGUGGACAAGAAAGGCAAGGAGGUCUUGUACGACCUGGAGGAGAAGGUUAACUUCUCCGUGUUCCCUUCGCUUCAGGGCGGUCCGCACAAUCACGCCAUCGCCGGCGUCGCCGUGGCCCUCAAACAGGCCACGAUGCCCAUGUUUCGUGAGUACAUCGCUCAGGUGCUGAAGAACUCGAAGGCGAUGGCUGACGCGCUGCUGAAGAGGGGAUUCACACUCGUGUCUGGUGGGACUGAUAAUCAUCUGGUUCUGGUGGACCUGCGGCCUCAGGGGAUGGAUGGAGCACGUGCAGAGAGAGUUCUAGAACUGGUUUCCAUCACAGCCAACAAAAACACUUGUCCUGGAGACAAGAGCGCGCUUACACCCGGAGGACUGAGACUGGGUACACCUGCUCUCACAUCUCGCCAGUUUAAGGAGUCGGACUUUGAGCAGGUCGUGGAUUUCAUCGAUCAGGGCCUCAAGAUUGCUCUGGAUGUUAAGAAGAAGACCAAAAAACUGGCAGAUUUCAAGAGUUUCCUGCUUGAAGAUACGGAGACGGUGGCGCGCGACGCUGAUCUGCGGCAUCGCGUGGAGUCUUUCGCCCCCUUCCCCAUGCCCGGAUUCCACGACCAUUAAUCGAAGAACACCGGGUAAUGCCGAAACCACAUCGGACCUGCGUAACUCCUGUCAGCUCGGUCACAUGACCACACACUCGACGUAUGGGCCGUUUUCCUUUUAUUAAUGAUUAUUAUAAAUGGUUUACUAGAACGCAAAGUCUUAAUAUGACCAGUAGUGCACGCCAAUAACUGACAUGUUAACAUGUUAACAUUCCCAACACGGCACGCUCCAAUUUCAACUAAAUCCAGAUGUGUUGGGCAGAAUUUGAUGCAGUAGUUUUCUAAUAUUAGCAGCGACUCCGCUCUGUGUUUAUCUUCUAUAUUUGUGGAGGCUAGAACCUGGAGGAGAACAGUGUGGACUUGGAUUAGUGUGGAUGUUUUGCUCUCCUCCUUUUGUUCAUCAAUAUGACGAUGGGAACUAAAUCGUCUAACAGACUAAUUAUGCAAAACGCUUACAGAAUAUCUCGCUUUCUGUUUGUCUACAAGUCUACAACUCUCUCGUCUUACCCAUAGCAUGCAUUGCUCUCCUUUGAUAAUUAAAGCUAUUUUAUUAAAUGUAUAGUACUAUAUGUAAAGGAAGUCUUGACACAGAUUUAUAUUUCUAACUGAGGCAACGUGAACGUCUUUCUGUUGGGGUUCCUCCUGAGCAUGUGCUGAAGGAUUGUGAACAGAUAUCUCGAGAUUGAACAUGAUUAUCAUUCUGCUGUGUUGGCGGACACGAUUCCACCUUUUAUCAACUGAUUCUUUUUGAAUGGACAAACGUUUACAAAUGACUUUCUAAAACUGUGUAAUCCCAAUAAAUGCAUUCUGAACUGAACCUGUUGUGCGUGUGUGU